AUGUUCAAAGCAUCUUUAUUGCGCACAGAACCUCCAGCGUGGUGGCGUACGGCACGGCACACGGCACACGACACACGGCACGACACUCACCGGGCUCCCAGCACGCCGGUGACGGCAGCGAGCACGUCGGGCGGGCGCGGCAGGGCGAGCGCCUCCAGCGUGGUGGCGUACGGCACGGCACACGGCACACGGCACACGGCACGACACUCACCGGGCUCCCAGCACGCCGGUGACGGCAGCGAGCACGUCGGGCGGGCGCGGCAGGGCGAGCGCCUCCAGCGUGGUGGCCGAGCACGUCGGGCGGGCGCGGCAGGGCGAGCGCCUCCAGCGUGGUGGCGUACGGCACGGCACACGGCACACGACACACGGCACGACACUCACCGGGCUCCCAGCACGCCGGUGACGGCAGCGAGCACGUCGGGCGGGCGCGGCAGGGCGAGCGCCUCCAGCGUGGUGGCGUACGGCACGGCACACGGCACACGGCACACGGCACGACACUCACCGGGCUCCCAGCACGCCGGUGACGGCAGCGAGCACGUCGGGCGGGCGCGGCAGGGCGAGCGCCUCCAGCGUGGUGGCGUACGGCACGGCACACGGCACACGGCACGACACUCACCGGGCUCCCAGCACGCCGGUGACGGCAGCGAGCACGUCGGGCGGGCGCGGCAGGGCGAGCGCCUCCAGCGUGGUGGCGUACGGCACGGCACACGGCACACGGCACACGGCACACGGCACGACACUCACCGGGCUCCCAGCACGCCGGUGACGGCAGCGAGCACGUCGGGCGGGCGCGGCAGGGCGAGCGCCUCCAGCGUGGUGGCGUACGACACGGCACACGGCACACGGCACGACACUCACCGGGCUCCCAGCACGCCGGUGACGGCAGCGAGCACGUCGGGCGGGCGCGGCAGGGCGAGCGCCUCCAGCGUGGUGGCGUACGGCACGGCACACGGCACACGGCACGACACUCACCGGGCUCCCAGCACGCCGGUGACGGCAGCGAGCACGUCGGGCGGGCGCGGCAGGGCGAGCGCCUCCAGCGUGGUGGCGUACGACACGGCACACGGCACACGGCACGACACUCACCGGGCUCCCAGCACGCCGGUGACGGCAGCGAGCACGUCGGGCGGGCGCGGCAGGGCGAGCGCCUCCAGCGUGGUGGCGUACGGCACGGCACACGGCACACGGCACGACACUCACCGGGCUCCCAGCACGCCGGUGACGGCAGCGAGCACGUCGGGCGGGCGCGGCAGGGCGAGCGCCUCCAGCGUGGUGGCGUACGGCACGGCACACGGCACACGGCACGACACUCACCGGGCUCCCAGCACGCCGGUGACGGCAGCGAGCACGUCGGGCGGGCGCGGCAGGGCGAGCGCCUCCAGCGUGGUGGCGUACGGCACGGCACACGGCACACGGCACACGGCACGACACUCACCGGGCUCCCAGCACGCCGGUGACGGCAGCGAGCACGUCGGGCGGGCGCGGCAGGGCGAGCGCCUCCAGCGUGGUGGCGUACGGCAUCGGUACGUCGGCUCCGGUCACUCGCCACACGGGCGCGUCCAGUUCGAAGAAUGUCGACGACUCCAUUAG